UGGCGCGCGCAGACGCCCGCGACCCCGGGGUGCGCGGCGAUGGCGUCGCGCUGCCACGGCGCGCUCCCGAGCGCCGCGUCCGCGACGCGCGCGCUCCGCGCGUCGUCGCGUCGACGCCGCGCCCCGUCCCGUCCCCGACGCGAGUCGCGACGUCCACCGAUUCGCCCCGAGUCGCGCUCAUCCCGCGCGCGUCCCGUCGCCGCGUCCGCCGCGAAAGACGGCGCGCGCGCGCGAGUCUCGGAGAGGGAGAAAGCCGAGAGCCUGCGGGUGCAGAGGGACCUCGCGCGGAGGCUCAUGGACGCGCAGACGGGCUGGGUCCGCGCGCCCGGCGCGGCGAAGAAGCGCGCGAAGACGACGUCGCGCGAGGAUGACGAGGAUCCGACGUCGUCGAGCGCGCGCGCGCCGACGACGACGCGAGGGGAGGGCGACGACGACGACGAGGCGCGCGACGACGACAACGACGACGACGCCUCCGACGCCUCCGUCUCGCCGCCGACCGACGAGUACGGCACCGUCGCGGACGAGGCGUGGACGCGAGGGCAGUGGCUCCUCGGCCUCCUCGUGCUUCAGUCCACGUCCUCCGUCGUGCUUCAAAACUACGAGGUUCUCGUGCGCGAAAACAUCGUCAUCACGCUCUUCCUAACGAUGCUCGUCGGCGCGGGCGGGAACGCGGGGAACCAGAGCGCGAUCAGGGUCAUUCGCGGCCUCGCCACGGGGGAGAUGACGCCGACGUUCGCGUGCUUCAAGGCGACGGUGUGGCGACAGGCGAGGGUCGGGCUGCUCCUCGCGACGGGCCUCGGCGCCGGCGGGUUCGCGCGCGUGCUAAUCACGGAGCUCUCCAUGAACGCCGGCGCCUCUCUCACUGCGUCCGACGUCAUCGCGUCCGACGUCGCGCAACAGACGCCGGUUGUCGGCGCCGCCGCCAUCGCGACGAGUCUGUUCGUCAUCGUCACGAUGAGCACGGUGACGGGCAGCGCGAUGCCGUUCGCGCUCGCGGCGGCGGGGCAGGACCCGGCCAACGCGGGGACGACGAUUCAGGUCGCGAUGGACAUCGCGGGGGUGGUGAUCACGUGCGCGGUGUGCGCGGUCGUGUUUUCGCACGCGGGGGGCGUGGACGUCGUGCAGGGAUCUUUGGUCGCGGGGUUAGGGGGUGGGUGA